AUGGAUUACAGAGAAGAGCAACAAAGAAACCUAACGGGGUCACCUUCGGGAGUCGUCACUCGGUCUCCUCGCUCGGGAGUCGUCACCGAGUCACCUUCUCCUGUCGUCACCGGGUCACCUUCUCGCGUCGUCGCGUCGUCACCUUCUUUUGUCGUCACCGGGUCACCUUCUCGCACGACACCGCCGCCGGGAUGGCUUUUGGGGAAGAUGGGCGAAGUGAAUGGAUACGAUCCGAAGCUUAUCAUGGAGAGGAAAUUUACUAAGAACGAUGUGAGCGAUAGACAAGGUCAGCUCUUAAUCCCUACAAGUCAGUUGCUUGAUUCAAGUUUCUUAGAUGACACCGAACGUACGAUGUUGGACACACAGACGAUGGCUCUUGAUUUUAAAAGUGAACCCGGAUUGAGAACUUAUUUGGUUGAUAGCAAUUCGUCGUCAGAGACUGAGUUUGAGUUAUUUUUGAAGAAAAGGCUAAGGAAUGGGGUUUGGGGUUUUGUCCUUAACAGAGGAUGGAAUAAAGUGUUGAAGAAGAAGAACGAUAAGUUAGUUGCUGGCAGCCCUUUUCGCCUAUGGUCUUUCCGAUCUUUGCAAUUGGAAGGUAGUAGCUUGUGCUUGGUUUAG